AUGGCAUCGAGAAGCUUUUUCCUGAUCGGGGAUGACCCGUCGACGGCACAGUCUAUUGAAGUUGCCCAGGAACUUGAUUUGAACGGCUUGAAGUCCGUCGUUGCUCGGUCCUUCCAUAUCAUUCAACCAGCUGGGGUCUCCUUCCACGUGUCCAAUAACCCCAUCAGCAAGAUCGGUGAAGUGCUAGAUUCAAAUGAGCCUAUCGGUAUCAGGAUCGGCAACCAUGGUGUACGAGAGCCUUCUGGUCCGAAAGGUCUUCCCUUGGUGGGUAGCUUCUAUGAAAUCUUUCCAGAUCACCUUGGUAAUCAUUUUCGCCUCUUUCGCAAAUACGGAGGAUUGAUCAAGACUACCAACAUGGGAAAGACAAAUUAUCUCACGGAUGAUCCUGAAAUAGCAGCUAUAGUGCUCAACGAAUCGCUGCACUUCACUAAAAGAAUCACCGACGACCAUCCCCUUCGGGGCGUGAAAGACAACAUCGCUACAUUUGUCAGUGAUACCGAAACAGAGACGUGGCGUCUUACUCACAAAUACCUCCCAACUUCCAUGGGACCUAAGGCGGUGCGGCACUAUGCGCCGCUGAUGCAGGAGACUGUUCGACGUUCAUUCGCUGUGUUUGACACAUUUUCCGAAAACAUGCAAUCGUGGAACGUCUAUCAGUAUAUGACCAAGCUUGCUUCUGAGACUGUGGGCAAGGUCAUUCUCGGGGAGGAAUUCGGCCACCUGGCUGAAAUUGACGCGCCUUUUCAUCCAAUCGUCAUGUCGAUCUUGAACAUGUUUGCGCUCAACAAAAAGGUGGCCUCUCGCGGAUCUUGGUACCGAAAUCUGCCUUUUGGUGAUCCCCGAAAAUUGAGAGAAUCGCAUCGACUUUGUUACACACUAGUCGAAGAAAUCGUGGCUAAAAUCGAGAAAUCCGAUGGAGCGAUGCAAAAAAUGCCGAUGGCGAAUGCAGCUCUAAAUGCAUCUAGCCUGGUAGAGUAUUUGAUCAACGCCACCGAUGAGAAGGGGGAGACAUUUCCACGUUCGAUGAUUGUCCCUAACAUCUCCAUGUUAACGUCCGCUGGAUUCUCAACUACGGCUUCUCUUUUGUCGUGGCUUAUCUUUUGCCUGACUACCUACGAGUGCAAUCAAGACCGUCUUCUCCAGGAGCUAGUGGACAUGGGCGUCACACCGAGCACGGAUUGGAACGUGGAUUUGGUGAAUAAAUUAUUGUUCCUUGACAAGUUUGUCAAAGAGACUCUACGUCUUCACAAUCCUGCUUUUCAGCCCGCUCGAACAACCAAGACGGAGGUGAUUUUGCCUGGCGGCUAUCGCCUCGAACCGGAUAGUGUAGUUGUUUGCGCUCUUUACGACCUCCACUCUAACCCCGAACACUGGAGUGAUCCAACCCAAUUUCAACCAGACCGUUGGGAUACUGAUAAGGUUAAAAGCCGUCACCGUGCGGCUUUUCUUCCCUUUGCCAUGGGGGGACGUGGCUGUAUCGGUUUCAACUUUGCUCUUCUCGAGGCGAAAAUUCUUUUCAGCGAAUUAGUAUAUCGCUAUGAGUUUGCCCUCGAUGACGAAGAUAAGGUUCAAUAUGAUCCCGAAUUCCAACUUGUCCGUCCACUCAAUCUCUACGUUUCAGUCAAGAAAAGGACAAGUUGGCCCGAGGGGUCAUUGAAUGGUAGGGCCUAA